CGCCUGCACGAGCUACGUGAGCGCCGAGCAGGAGGUGGUGCGCGGCUUCAGCUGCCCGCGGCCGGGGGGAGAGGCGGCUGCCGUCUUCUGCUGCGGCUUCCGCGACCACAAGUACUGCUGCGACGACCCGCACAGCUUCUUCCCCUACGAGCACAGCUACAUGUGGUGGCUCAGUAUUGGUGCUCUUGUGGGCCUGUCCAUAGCAGCAGUGGUCCUCCUGGCCUUCAUUGUCACCGCCUGUGUGCUUUGUUACCUGUUCAUCAGCUCAAAGCCCCACACAAAGUUGGACCCAGGCUUAAGCUUACAGUCUGCAGACCCUGAGGAGAUGCCCCCUGAUCGCCAAGGUGGAAAUACAGGCAAUUCGGUGGAGGUGCCAGGAGUGAGCCCUCCAGGGCAGAGUCACCCCUUCCUGAACCCACGGCUGGACUGCAAGGAGCAGGCUGUGGACCCCAAAUGCCUCCUCCAGCACUGCUUCAUGGCCACGGUGACCACCAGUGAUAUUCCGGGCAGCCCUGAGGAGGCCCCUGUCCCCAAUCUAAGCCCAGGUGGACCAGCCCCAUAAAUCCAAUAAAUGUCUCUAUACCA